UUACCUCACAAUGCAUUACCAUUACUAAUCCACAUUUACUAUAAUCAAGUUUAUAUACCGUUAAAAAUAAAUAUGGUCACUUUUGAAGAAAUCGUAGAAAAAGCCCGCAACUUCUCCCAGAAGCCCACCCAGGAAGAGUUCUUGGAAUUCUAUGGCUACUACAAACAAGCCACAGUUGGUGACUGCAAUACAGAUGAGCCUGAGGAUCCCAUAAGGAAAGCACUGUGGAACUCUUGGAAGGAGAAGACCGGCAUGUCGGCCGAUGACGCCAAGGCACACUACGUUGAGGUGUACAAGAAAUAUGCACCAAAAUAUCAAUAAAUAUUUAGUAUUCGAUUUGCUUUGUUGAAUAAAUAAAUUUAAGUUACUUAAUUUGCUAGUCCGUUGAUUUAAUUAAUUUUGUAGUGCAAGCGAAUAUAUCUACACCAAAUUAUAUUUGAAAAUACAUACAUACAUAUAUGUAUUGAUAAAUGAUUUAAUAAAGAAAGAAUUCUUGUCUAAUUUAA